AUGUCCUCCUCCGGUCCAGCGCAAUCCGAAUACGUGACCCUCGUCUCGGGUGACGGGUUUGAGUUCAUCAUCCCACGAAGCGCAGCCUGUGUCUCUGGUACAAUUCGCCGCAUGCUAGAUCCCUCGACCAAAUUCUCCGAAGCACUAUCCGGUCGCUGUGUCUUUGAAAACCUAAGUGGUGUUGUCCUCGAGAGAGUCUGCGAAUACUUCUGCUACAACGAUAAGAACAAGAACCAGACGAACGUGCCGGAUAUGGAUAUUCCGCCAGAGUUGUGCUUGGAGUUGUUGAUGGCGGCUGAUUAUUUGGACACAUAG